AAGUUUAGAUAGCAUACAUUUUUGGGUGUGUUUUGGGAGUGCUCCAGACAUUGGAUUCCCCGGUCACUAACCCUCUUUUGUCCUCUUACUCUAGCCUGGUGCUUCUAUAGUCUUUAGACAAGUUCUGAACCAAUGGACGAUAUAGGAAUUUGAGACUAUAGUUAUCUCGUUUCGCUGAUGUAACCGGUGAAUCGGGGAUGGGACCAGAUCUAGCCUAUCCACCUUGAGUCUUACUGCCUAACAUAAGACCAAAAUAGGACGUGGGCUAAUAUCUGACGCGAGAAAACUUAAUUUGCAGUUCAAUAUUAAUAAACAAGGAUUAUCUCUGCACCCACGGGUGGUGAGUAGGACCAUCUCUCGGCUCUCCAGCAUCUAUACAUCCAGCAAUGAUUUUCAUUCCAUGGCGCGAGCAGCUCGCUCUAUUUUCCAAGGAGGAGCUCCUCUGGAGGACCACAUGACUCCAUCCUCCGGAGCGUGAUGGCGAGGGCGCAGGUGGAGGACGAGUUGCUGAGGUCCUUCAUGAUGAAGCGACCGCAAAAAUUGGGUUUCUUAGUGUCGACUGCUUGGAAGAGACGAUGGUUCAUCCUCAACCGCAGAAAUCUUAUUUAUUACAGUGGAGACUUAGUGAGCGGGCCGAAAAAAGAGCGCCGACGGCUGGAGCUGUACCAGGUGGUGUGGGUGGAGGUGGUGGACACCACCGAGUUCGGGCGCAAGUGUGUCUUCCAGGUGUGCCACCAGGUCUCCCCGUACGAGCGUUGUGUCCUCUACAUCGCCGCUGGCACGGAGCGGGAGCGCUCCCAGUGGCUUCAGAAAAUACGCUCAUUGGUGGCUGGAAACCAGGUGCUGAGUCAGACCUUCCACCCCCAGACCUUCGACAGGAGAAGGUGGAGAUGCUGCUCGGCCGGCAAGACGGUCACCCCGUGCUCGGACAUCACCUGGACCCCGGAGUCACAGCGACUCUUGAUAGGCAGCCCCACGCUCUCCAGCUCCUCACCGACCCCUCAGGUGGACGAAGCACCCGUAGAGGAUGCUGAGAGUACUGACGGGGCUGCGCAACCCGAUAAUAAGGAAGCUCCAUUGAUCGUAGAAGCCUUGUACCACUACGAGGCCAACAGGCCGGGGGACCUGACGCUAAACAAGCACGACGAGCUGUUGGUCUUGGACAAAACUUUGGACGAAAACUGGUGGCACUUCAAAAACAUCAACACAGGAGCUCACGGCGUGGCCCCGAGUAACUUCGUCAAGGUGCGAGACCACAGCUUCCUCAAGGAGUACGAGUGGUACCUGGGGCCCGUAGGGAGAGAGGAGGUGGAGCAGCUCCUGACGAAGGCGGCGUGCGAGGGAGGCUUCGUGGUGCGCGACUCGGCCACCAGACCCGGCUUCUACACUCUCUCCGUCUUCACCACAACAGUGGACCCUCCAGUGAGGCACUACCACAUCCGCCGUGACGGGGACGGGUUCUACUACGUGUCCCAGUCGGUGAGAGGACGCAGCGUGCCCGAAAUGGUAGACCAACACCGGCACAACCCCGGAGGCCUCUCCACCAGGCUCAAGCCCAUCACCAGGGACCUUGAGCCCAAGACCACAGUCAUUGAGCAUCUGAAGAUUGACCCAAAUGAGUUGCGGCUGCUCGAUUUUCUGUCUUCGGGGGAGAGCAGGGUCGUGCGAAGAGGUCGCCUGAGGGACAUCGAAGUCGUCGUCAAGGUGAUGAAACCAGACGUCACUCUGGAGAGUUUCAUGGAGGAAGCCCAGAUUAUGGCGGAGCUCCAGCACCCUAACCUGGUGCAACUGUUGGGCGUGUGCUGCCAAGACAACUCCUCCUACAUCGUCACCGAGCACCUGCCCAUGGGCUCCCUACUCUUCUUCCUUCGCAACAACGAGAGCGUUUUCCUUAACAAAACCAGCGUUCUCUUGAGCAUGAGUGAACAGGUGUGUUCUGCAUUAGCGUAUAUGAAUUCUCGUCAUCUCAUUCAUCGCAAUGUCUCUGCCAGAAACUGCUUCGUAGGACCCGAUUACCUGGUGAAGUUGGGUAACUUCCGGCUUUGUAGACAAGUGGAGAGCGACCUCUACGUUGGCUUCGGUGGGUCCUGCUUCGCCAUCAAGUGGACGGCGCCAGAGGUCCUGUGGUUCUCAAAGUUCUCCUCUAAGUCAGACGUUUGGGCCUUCGGCGUGCUCCUGUGGGAGGUAUUCUCCUGCGGCAAGAUCCCCUACGGCAGGAGGAACAACCAACAGAUUGUUGAUUAUGUCUCCCAGGGUAACCGCUUGGACCAGCCAAGGUUCUGCCCGGACGCUGUCUAUCAAAUUAUGAUUAAGUGUUGGGAGGGAGAGGCCGAACAGCGACCAUCCUGUGGACAGGUCCUCGACUGUCUGCACACCCUUCAAGACCAGGACACUUCCUUGAAUUAGUGCCAAUAUCCUUCACUUCAUUGAUAUCCCUCCCUCACUGCUGAAGAGUUUGGCACUGAGAUAUGGAGUGACACUGAGAUAGUGAAUGAGAUAAGGAGUGACACUGAUAUAAGAAAGUACACCCCCUGAGACUGACCAUCUCCAUACAACUAUCACAGUGUUAUACUCCAGACGGAAGGCGGGACUAGGAAGGUUAUCAGGGAAAGUGCUGACCUAAUGCCAUUGAUUUUCACCCGCCAGCCGCCGGUUGUGUACCUCAGGCAGGAGAGACUUGAAACCCGUUCUCCCGGACAAACUCGAUCGGCGACAAAAAGUUUGCAAAACUGAGGCCGCGCCACAAGGUCCUCUAACGUAACUUGCGGAUGAACUUGCUGUUUAUCAUUGAUGUACACACUUUAUUAUGUGGCGGAGAGUCACAUAGGUAACAAUAAAUAAUUAUAAUAAUAAUUAAUUUUUUUCGGGAACAACAAGACUUUGUGUAUGUAUGUAUGUAUGUAUGUAUGUAUGUAUGUAUGU